ACGCAACCCAUCAAUUUCCUGCACCAUUCACCACCCCCCCUACUAUUUCCAACUACUCGAGUAAGCACCGUACAAUUACGAGCAGACUACCCAUCAUACCAGCUGCAAGGGACCCCGCCGCCAAUCUUGAGCACUCGGGUAUGCUAAAGACUCCCAUGGCGACAAUCAAGUCCAUGCCAUCAGCCCUCCAGUAUGAGCUUAUCGCACGCUGCUCGGUAUUUUCUCCUGUUCCACACACUCCCUCCCCUCUCCGCCCGACACAGCCGGGUGCUGUACGAGUUAGUACCGUGGUUAAUUCUAGGGUUUUUUUCUUUUUUCUUUUCUUCUUUGGGAAUGGAUAGACUACCAAGGCUCGAGCAUCCAUCUUGCGGCUUCCUCACGGCCCGGUGGAAACCCCGCUGUUCAUGCCUGUUGCCACUCAGGGAACGUUGAAGGGGUUAACCCCCGAGCAGUUGGAGAGCGUGGGGUGUAGGUUGUGCUUGAAUAAUACGUACCAUUUGGGACUUAGGCCUGGGAAGGCUGUUCUGGAUAAGAUUGGGGGUGCGCACAGGUUGCAGUCUUGGAGUCACAAUAUCUUGACGGGUGAGUUUCUGUGUGCCCAAUUGCAUCUACAUUUGAUACUGUGCCUUUAUUCUUAUUUUUAUUUGUUUUUAUUUAUUUAUCCGUCCCGACGGGUUUUAUAUUCUGUGUGUGGUGACUGAUGGCUGGUGGGGAAACUCCAAAUUGUAGAUAGCGGUGGGUCUGUUUUAUAUUUUCCUUUCACUAAAAUACCUUUCUUUUGUAAUUGGGGGAGGGGGAGACUCUGAGGAAUUUGAUAGCUGAUAGGAGGGGAGAGAUGGUGGAUAAAGAUUCCAAAUGGUUUCCUUACUUCAAUUAGCUACCAUUGCCGAAAGGGGCGUCGAGUUCCUAUCCCCGCAUGAUGGGACCCCGAUGCUGCUUACCCCCGAACAUUCGAUUUCACUGCAGCACUCUAUCGGAUCGGAUAUAAUCAUGCAGCUGGACGACGUCAUUGUCACCACCUCUCCGGACAAGCGGCGGAUGAGGGAAGCCAUGGAUCGGUCGAUACGGUGGCUAGACAGAUGCGUGGAGGAGCACCUGAAGGCUGACCCGCGUGCUGGGACCGAGGAAUUCGGUGGAUUCGAGGGGGAUAGCUACGCGAAGAGGCAGAACUUGUUCUGCAUCAUUCAGGGUGGCCUGGACCUGGAGAUGAGGAAGGAGUGCUGUGAGGAGAUGGCCAAGAGGGGCACUCCUGGGAUCGCUAUCGGGGGUCUGUCCGGCGGCGAGGCUAAGGAAGAGUAUUGCAAAGUGUAUGAGUUGCCCAGCUUGCCUUGUGGAUCCUUUCAACGGCUAAUAUUAAGGUUAGGGUUGACACAUGCACAUCCCUUCUGCCUGAUGGAAAGCCGAGAUAUGUCAUGGGUGUGGUAAGACCCGAGUUUCUGAGGCUUAUGGGUCUGGUGAGACAUUUGGCUCAUGAUCUUCGUAGGGCUAUCCAGAAGAUCUGGUCGUGUCGAUAGCUCUUGGAGCAGAUAUGUUUGAUUGCGUUUGGGGCACGAGGACUGCGGUAAGACGUUCCCACCCCUCCUGGCCUUGCUCGCCGUUCACCCUCGUAAUCUAACUUGACAUGCCCAGCGUUUUGGCAACGCCGUAACCUCCUCCGGAGUCCUCAACCUUCGUAGCGCCCUCUACGCAGGUGACUUUACAGCGGUCGACGCCGAGUGUCAAUGCCCCGUCUGCCGCCCCCUGGACUCUCCCGCACCCCCACUCCUGAACCCAACCAUUGGCCCCCCAUCGUACGCUUCCACUCUUGGGGGGGACGAUGGUUACACGGGCAGAGGCCUUGGUAUCACAAAAGCUUAUAUCCACCACCUGGUUGCCAAGGAGACUGUCGGAGCGCACCUUCUCACAAUGCAUAAUGUAGCCUUCUUGCUAAGCUUGAUGAACAAGGCUAGGAUUGCCAUCGUUGAGGACAGAUAUCCCGCAUUUCUGAGAGAGUUCUUUUUCAAAUGGCACGGUGGGGAUAAAGGCAAGUAUCCGACUUGGGCGGUAGACGCACUUAGGAGGGUUGGGGUGGAUCUACUGGAG